AUGAGAAAUUCAACAUUAAAUAAACUUUCAGAGUAGAGAUAAUAAGGAAGAAAUUCUUAAAAUCUAUCCGAUUUAACAGUUUAAGAAUCAAGCAAUUAUCGUCUGAGAUUUACACCUUUGACUUCACCAUCUACAAGGCAUAAAGGAACAAUUUUAGUGAAAAGUCAUGAAACAAUUGUACUGAAUAUGUUGUCAUCCACUAAUAGACAGAUAGAUUAACCUUUUAAAGCUUGUUAAGAAUGUAAUUGUGAUUUUGGAGUUGUUUAUUAAUAUUGUAAAUGUAAAGGAAUUACAUAUCAUGAAAAGUGCAUUUAGGAUACCGCUAGAAGGAACGCAAAAAAGUAUAAAGAAUUAGCAUUUAUUUGCAAAAACGAAUGUUCCUAUUCAUUUCAAAUAGGAGGAUACUAUAUGUAUGAAAUGGUUUAGAAUUAGGAGAAACAUUAAUACUAUUGGAAAGUGGCUCAUUCUGUUCAUGGUGAUUGUCUUUCUUGUGUUGAUUAUCUUGGCAAUUUUUAUUUUUGUUUUUCGAGAUAAAUUGAAAAGUAUUCAUGUCAUAAUAAUCGUAAUUGCAAAGAUUGUGCUUUUAAUUUUGAUUACUUUUUUACUGAAUAAACUCAAGCUCAAUUAUUAUAUAUUAUACUGGCAUCUCAAACCUACCUUGAUUAAUCAAAGGCAAUGUAUUAGUCAUAAAGAAAUUGA